AUGUCAAAUAUGUUUAGUAGAAGAAUAACAGCAGUAAUAUUCACAUUUACAACCAGGAGUUCAGUGAUAGCGUUAUCGGGGUUACGAUCUGUUACACCUACUACACGGUUAACCUCAGCUACACUUUUUAGAAAUGGUCCCCCCGGAAAUGGUUUUAUGGGUGACGUUCGUGGGUUCUCUGUUAGUUGCACUAGAUCAUUACCUAAUGUAUCAGUUGAUAAGGAAUUGUCAGUUAAACUAGCAGAAGAAUUAAAAUAUGAAAAAGGAAAUGAACCCGAUUCAUCCGAACCAUCAUUCAUAAAAAGUUUUUUAUCAGAGAAUCCGUUUAAAAUUGAAGAUAAAUUAGGUGCUAAUGAAGUUGCACUAACAAGAACAUUUGGAAAUGAAAA